AUGCAAUCUCAAUAUCAAUUGUAUCCUAAUAUUUAUAACCAACAGCAGCAGCAGCAACAACUUCAACAGCAGCAACUGCAACAACAACAAUUGCAACAACAACAACAGCAACAACAACAACAGCAACAACAACAACAGCAGCAACAACAACAAAACAAGUAUAUUUACUCUACAACACCAACUCCUUCACCUAUUCAUAAUGGAUCUACUCAAAGUUCAUUUUACCAAUCACCUCUCAAUAACAACGCUUCUUUGAAUAAUAAUCAAAUCAAUGGAUACUACCAAACUCCUGCACAAUCUACUAUGACAUCACCACUAUCAAUGAUUGGUUCUGGACCAACAUUACCUCUAAACUAUCUUCCAUCAGCAAUAACUUUUGAUCAACAACAACAACAAGAUUCUAAUCUCUAUACAUCAUCAAUGCCAACAUCAUCAUCAACCUUGCCAGGGCCAACUAUAACUUCAUCAUCAUCGACAGCACCUACAAGUAAAACAACCUUUUCAACAGUCAACAAUCUUUCAACGUUCAACAAAGAAGUAGAAUUGCACAAUAUUUUUGACAAUGCAGUAUCAAUUGUUGACAUGAUGAUCAAUACUAGUGAAACUAUACAAGACCCUCUUUCCACCUCUACAUCAUCAUCUUAUAGACCCCCAAUGAUGGGUUCAACGGGACCAAACACAACCGGAGGAUACAAUUAUUUUGAUACAUCAUCUGCCAUUUGGUCCACAAUGAUGAUUGAAAAGCAUAUACCCUUCCCCCAAGAGAUUGGUUACAGAUAUCUUAGUGCCAACACUCGAACAUCUCAAGGCAUAUUUCCAGAGAUUGGUCACGCAUGGGUAUCAAUCGACCAGACCCUUUUUCUCUGGGACUAUAGAGAAUCUAGUAAUGGUAGAGGUGAAUUGAUUACCAAUCAACUGACUCAAGUCAUUACAACAUGUGGAUUGGUAAAUCCUCGUAAAAAUGUCUUUAAAGACUCUGUCAAAAAGAUUCUCAUUGUGGCAACUCAUGUUGAAAUAUUUUUAUUUGCUCUAACCUUUAGUAGUGAUGACAAUAGAUUUGAAUUAAUUGCUACGCCACUUGUAAUUCAAACAGAUUCUGCCAUUAUUAAUGAUAUUGUUGGGACAGAAGAUGGAAGAAUAUUUUUGGGUGGCCAAGACGGCAAUCUUUACGAGAUUGUUUAUGGUGGAGAUUCGAGUUUAUCAUCAGCAUCUUCGGUUACCUCUUCUAUUACCUCUUGGUGGUUUGGUCAAAAUGGAAACAAAAUUCAAAAGAUUUGCCAUACCACUUCCUUGUGGAAUACCCUUUGGUCUACUAAAAAGCCAGAAAUUAUUCAAAUUUUGAUUGACAAUCAAAGAAAUUUAUUAUUUACUCUUUGUAAAAAUUCAACUAUUCAAAAAUAUUCUCUAGGCAAAAAUAAUAAUUCAUUUACAAUGAUUGGUGAAGUAAUAUCCCCAUUACCUAAAAAUCAGCAUCCCUCUGCCGAACAACUGUCGAUCCUAUCAAUUCACAUUUCCUCUCAAGUUGAUUAUUCUUGCAUUGCAAUUCUUUCAAAUGGAGUUCGAUUAUAUUUAUCAAACAAUAUUGAUAGUUCAAUAAAAUAUGUUAGAAGACCUCCAACCUCUACAAUGACAAUUUUAGGAUCCUCUGGAACGAAUCAACAACAACAACAACAACAGGAAAGCAUUAAUCAUAUACCACAUUAUACAUUCUAUUCAAAUGGUGUAUUCUUUAUGGCAAAUGAAAGUAGCGAGUCUAUAGACAAAUUAAUUGGAACCACACCAUUUACAAAGAAACAAAUUAAACGGUUGUAUCAAUCAGAAGACAGGGCAUUUAUUACUACUUCAAAUGAAGAUCCACUUGAAGAAAGACCAAAUGCUUUUUAUAUUAAAGGAAGAAUUAAUAUGAUUAAAGAAGAUAUUGUCAACAUUGGAGAGAAUAAUACAGUAUUUUAUAAAGAAUUCAAGACUGAACAUAUUUCAAAUCCAAGAAGAUUCUUGUGUCUAAACUCUCUUGGUCUCCACAUUAUCACAAAACUAAGAUAUGUUGAUCUAUUUAAUAAUUUACUCUUAAAUUCUACUUUGACUGAUAUUGAUAAUUUCUAUCAAGAAUUUGGAAAUAUAUUUUCAAAUUCAUUGUGCAUUAGUUUGUAUUGCAUGUCACCACAAUCAACUGUUGUAUUAAAUGAGCAAAUCUAUGGUAGCAUUAGUGCACCUAGAUCAGCCCAACAACGAGUACUUGAUUUGGCAAUGAGCCAAUUCAAAAGAAAGAGCGGCAAGCCUACAUUCCACAGAACCACCACCCUCUAUAGCCACGACAUGGGAACUUCAGUAAACAGAUUGGAACUUCACUACAGUCAUGCUCACCAAGCAGUUGUAGCAUUCCUUUCCCAACUAUUGGCACCAAUUUGGAAUCAACCAAUCUUAAAGACCAAAGGAGAAUCGACAACUACCACUGUCAACAUACACCAAUUGAAAUCAAUUCAAUCUCAUUUGAUUAAUCUUUUGUUGUUCCUUGAAAAUUCACAACUUUUGCCAAAGAAUGAUAUCACUGACAUUCCCAUCAUUACCAAACCAAUUCAUGAACAGUCAACCGAUGAAGAUGCACUAAAGAAUGAAAAGAGAAGUUUAAUUGGUCUCAAAAAGAUUAUCCAAAAAUCUUUACAAGUUAUCAAUCUCUUUGUUCUUUUACAACAAUUUGAUUUUAAUCAAAUUUUUCAACAAUCUAUUGAUAGUUUAAGUAAUGAUGAUAAAAAGAAAUCAAUUCAAUUUAAAUUUAAAGAUUAUGUUAUCGAUCAAACAAUCAUUAAUCAAUCAUCGCCAAGCAGAGUUGAAAACAAAGUCUUUUCAUCUUUAUUAAUUUCUUCACUCAUGAAUAUAUUAAACCAUUCUAAUAUAUCGAUUGAUAACAUUUCAAAACAAUUAGAUUAUGAAUGCCCAGAUUUAUUCAAGAAAAGAGAUAAACAAUUAAUAACAGUUAGAGAUAAACUAAAAGCUGCCGUGAGAGAAGGACGAAGUCACUCUAGUGAGCAAAUGGUAAAGGAGGCUUUAAUCAUUCUUGAAGAAAUCGCACCAUCCUUUGAUUUGCACGAAAUACUUAUCAAUCUAAAGUCACUCUCUUAUUACGAAUAUGUUGUGCCACUAUGUUUGCAUUAUGCUACUCAACUAGCCCAACAUUUAGAAUCUCAAAAUCUUUCUCCAUCCUCUACUACUACCACCACUACUGCUACUACUACUAUUCCUUCUGAAAGUAAUGAUGAAAACAAAUUGUUAUUGGAUUCAAAUGAAUAUAUUAUAGAAUCAAAAAGAAAAGUGUAUCAGGAAAUAUUUGAAAUCAUCAAUUACGAUUUAUUACAACCAACCAAACAACAACAAGUACCAAACGCAUCAAACAUUGUUGACAUGAUGAUAUGUCAAAUAUUGGAUAGCAAGGAUGCCCAAUUACAUGGCGCCCUCUAUAGUUGGUUAAUCGAAAACAACUCAAAGGCAAAGUUGUUUGAAAUCAAAUCACCAUUUAUUACAGAUUAUCUCUAUGACAAUGAUAUGGACAUGUGUUGGAGAUAUCUAGCAAAAAUGAACGAUUUUACAACUGCUUCUAAAAUCCUUCUUCAAUUGGCUGAAAACUCAAAAGAUUUAAAUACAAAAUUAACUUGUUAUAAUAAUUGUAAAUUAUUAAUGAGUAAAUCACCAAAUAGCCAAGAGUACCAAUACGCCCUAAACAAAACUGUUAUUUGUAACAUCCAAAAGAAGAUUAUCAAACAACUUGAACAAGCAAAAGCAAAUCUUCAAUCCAACUCUGAAGAUGAUAAAUCAAUCAUUCAAGAAUAUAUAGUAUCAAUUGAACAACUCAAUACAAAUCUUUAUGAUAUGACAACAUUAUUUAGUGAUUAUGCAAGAAAAUAUUUACUUCAUGAAGAAAUGUUAUAUUUGGUUCAUAUUGGACAACACGACGAUGAGAACUUUGUAAAGUUAUUAUGGGAAAUCAUUCUAGGCAAGUGUACCGAACAACAACAACAACGACUAGAGCAAAUACAAGAUUGCCUAAAAACCAAAAUCAUUGGUAUUGGAUAUGAUUUAUACCCAAAUGAAUCAACAUUUCCUCUCUAUUGGAUCAUCCAAAUGGCAGAAACUAUUAUCAUUGACCUCUUGAAAGAAACUAAAAAUGAUAGUAUAACUUUAGUAGAAUUAUUAAAGCCAAUAUUGGGAUGGCUAUCAAACUCUCUCCAAUCUCAACUCAAUGUAGAUAAUCUGGUGUUGCUAGAGAUUUACAAGAGUCUUUGUGAUAUUCAAGAGAAUGGUAGUUUUGCACAAAAAUAUUAUAUGCACAGUUGGACAUUUUUGGCUGAACAUGUGAUCGCGAUGAAAGGAAACAACCACUCUUCACUUUUAACAACAAAUCAUAUGACGUCAAUUGAGCAAACACUCAAUCAAUAUAGAAAAAAAUUGCAAUAA